UGCUUGAGCACUGUUGACUUGUCUGGUCCUAGCUGAAGUGUCACUGUUCCUUUGAACAUUUGGCAGUAGACACACCUCCACACACACAGACAAGCGUGCGGCGGCAAAAAGCUCACUAAACCUCCAGCACCACAGCUCAAACUCCACUCCAGCGGACUACUUCAACAGGCUGGGUGCUUUUCUGCCUUUGCUCGGGUGGUUUGGAGAGAUUUUUUGAAUGUUCUUCACAUCUUUCUCUGACUCGUAAUUAAAGGGGACUCUCUGCUUUUUUGCCUUACAUCUGCAGUUCAGCUGUGUGUGGAACAUGACAGAUUUGUUGGCUUCUAAUGCUGCACGACAAACGAGCUGCUGGAUGUUUUUAGGAUAACCGAGGGUGAGGUGAAAAGCCGUCAUUGAUGGUAUUGUUCAAGAUUUGGAGAUACUGUGGUAUAAAAUGCAAGUUUAAAUGCACCCUCGUCUUGACAUCUGAGUCAACAGUAUAACAGGUCAAAGGUUUUAAGGCACCAAAUGUUUUGUGUACCUAAAGUAGCCAUGUGUCUCUUUGCUGAUGCUUGUUGCUUUUCAUAUUCAGAUUGAAAAUAUAAUUCGAUAUAACUGCAACAUGGAAGGAACAGCAAACUAUAGCAUCCUACUUCCCCAAAACUCCACUGAGACACAACUGCCUCCAGAAUUAAUACCGUUUGUGCUGGUUGUCAUGGUAAUAAUCAUUGCGAACAUUGUUGUGGGUAACCUUCUGGUCAUCAUCGCAAUAGCUCGCACCUCGACGCUGCAGACCACGACGAACAUCUUCAUCACAUCAUUGGCAUGUGCUGACCUCAUCAUGGGGGUGCUGGUGGUGCCAAUGGGUGCCACUAUUGUCUUAACGGGUAAGUGGCAACUAAGUAAGACUUUGUGUGAGUUAUGGACAUCGGUGGACGUGUUGUGCGUUACGGCCAGCAUAGAGACCCUUUGCGUCAUUGCGGUGGAUCGGUUUAUCGCAAUUACGCGGCCACUGCGCUACAAAGUCCUUCUGAAUAAACGCAGGGCUCGCUUUAUUGUCUGCGUCAUUUGGGGGGUCUCCGCUUUGAUCUCAUUUGUCCCCAUCAUGAACCACAACUGGAAGCCAGCAGAAGAUGAUGAAGCAGCAGGCUGUUAUGAAAACCCAGAGUGCUGUGAUUUCGUAACGAACUUGCCCUUUGCUAUUAUUUCCUCUGUUGUUUCAUUUUAUGUCCCGCUGCUCAUCAUGAUAUUUGUCUAUGGACGGGUCUUCCUCAUCGCCUCACGACAGGUACAGUUAAUUGACAAGAACCGCCAGAGGUUCCAAAAUGAUUGCAUGGCCAAUCAGGUACAACCAUCGUUGCAAGGUAACAACAACGUCCCAUCAUGUAACAACGGGGGCACAAGGAGGAAGAGUUCCCGCAGACGACCCUCGAGGUUAACCGUCAUCAAAGAGCACAAGGCCCUAAAGACACUGGGCAUCAUCAUGGGCAUCUUCACGCUGUGUUGGCUGCCAUUCUUUGUGGCAAACAUCAUCAAUGUCUUUAAUCGAAAAAUGCCCUCACGAGACAUUUUUAGUUUUUUAAACUGGUUGGGCUACAUAAACUCUGGCUUGAACCCCAUCAUCUACUGUCGAAGCCCAGAGUUUCGUGUGGCCUUUAAAAAUCUUCUCGGCUGUCCCUGGAUAUCCUCUGUAAGAAUAAACUUCCUUUACAAGGACCUUAAGACUCGAUGCCCCUGCUUUCUGGGGUCUGCAGAGCAGGGAAUGGGUGGACAUUUCCAGAAGCCCCCCACAUUGACCGGGACGCUGCCUGGGGAAGGAAGUGUGGGGAGCAGCCAGAGUAGCUACAGGAGCGAUGAGCCUUCGCCGGGACCCCCGCACUCCAACGGCAGCACGCACUUCAGCGAAUUCUCCGAACCUGAGACUGAGUUCAGUAACCUACAGGAGCAGGAUGGCUGAUCCAAACGAAAAUGACUGAAAGAAACUGAGGAAGAAAUGAAGAAAGGGACUGACCUCAGGCACAGGCUGACCUUCCUCGGCAGCGACCGCAAGGGCCCAGAGACAUUACCCAUAAAACCAUCAGGGGAGCUUCCGCCAGAAAUUACUUUUUUCUGAGAAUACAGAGGCAGGAAGGGCCAACCAAACAGUCGGUAUAUGGAGAGAGUGACUGAUCCGGUACUGCUUACGGAAACGAGUAAUGGAGUGAUCCGGUACUUUGUUGAGACGAUAAGUACCACAUUGAUCCACUUCAGCCCGGGUUGCUCCGGUUUGUACGGCGAACAAUGAAUCGGACCUCUAGGACCUCUUUAGUUUUUCAAUAUUGAAACUUUAAUAGCUUAUUCGCACACGUGUUGUUAUUGUUUUCAAAUAUAAAAGACAGAUUUUGUACAAUGUCGUAUAUUAAAUUAUUUUCUAUUUAUUUUACUCCCCACAUUUUAGCUGUGAAUGUGCAAGACGCUUACCACAUUAAUAUAUAUAUGUGCUGUACAGAUGGACGCCUGCAGUUGUAAGUUGCAGUUGUUCAUUUAAAGCAGUUCAGCAACCUCAGUAUAAGCUACAAGACUUCCGGGUCUCCGCGUCGUCCCUGCAAGUGAGCAAUAAACGUGGCAAAAUGUAAGCACUGCCAAAGUACAGCUUUAGCCAACAUGAUCUUCAUAGGGAAAUUCAUUAGUAUUUUAUAAGGUGACUAAUUUGUAUGACGUGAAUUGUGCAAAAACGGCAAUUAUUAGAAAACGGCAAUGAUGAAGCCCCACCCCUAAAUCCAACGUCACUAGCGGGAAUGCAGAUCGUACUGAAACGUAUAAAUUCAUACGAAUAAGCCACCUUGUAAAAUAAUUACGAAUUUCCGUGAGCUUGUGUAGCUUCAGCAGUUUGAAUUUUAAGUGUUCUGGUUUGGUCACAUGUGUCGCUUCAUUCAGUGCAGACACAGCAAAACACCCACAGACAAUAAAUGUCAAAUUAUUCAUUCAGAUACUUUAACUUUGACACUUGUUUUUUGUUUACUUGUGUUUAAUGCUGCUAUUUUUCCAGUUUCAAUAAGCAUCACAGCCCAGAAUCCAUUUUUGCGUACGCACAAUAUCGCUUUUUUACACUAAUGUAGGCUUACAAGCAGGCACCCGGAGCCUAGUAUGCUAGAAUGUAUUUUUGACAUAGUGGGCCAUAAGGGAAUGCAUACACUAAGCUGUUGUAUAGAUGAUAUCAUUUAUUUUCCAAAAAGUGAUUCUUGGCAAAAAAUGUCGUUUGCACUGAUCAUGUUUCAGAGCGCUCUAUAAUAGAUUUCACUACACCCCCUCCCCACCAAAAAGAAAACUUUUCAGUAAGGAUUUGCAAGUUAGCUGUAUUCUGGAUCAGCAAGAUGUGAGAGCAAUGUGAUGAUCUAAGAUGUUGGUUUAAUGGUGGUUUUCUGGUGUAAUUUUAACAAAAAUGGACCCUGCUUGUGAAAAGCUAAAUGUUUUCUAAUACAGUAUAAUGUAAAGAACAUUUUGUGAAAACGUUAUCUUGAUACUGACAAAGAUUGAAAUGACUUUGAUGCUCCACAUUUCAUUAUUAGAUUAUGAGACUUUAAAAAAAUUAUGAUUUAAGGUACAUGUACUUUUAUGAUUUGGUACAGAUAAAAACUGUAUUAAGUUAGAUAACAAAACUGAGUAAAAGUGAAGCCAGAGAUAUCUGUAAAAAUGUAAUAAUUGUUUUUAAAUUAUAUUGAGCUAUUGUUUAUUGAUUGAAUUGGUGUUAUAUGACAUUUUAAACACAUCUAGACAUCUUAAGCAAACAAGAAUCCGGUCUGCCUGUUGUACAUAAUUCCCUUCUAGUUGUGUUUUAUUGUAUGUAUGUGAGGCGAAAAAGAGCUUUCAAAAGGCUCGAAAUGAUUCAAUAAAUAAAAACUGUUAAAGAUA